UCGUCCGGACCUUUCGACUUCACUUCGACAUAUGAUGUGAUCGCCACACCUGAACAGGUCGUCGACAACAACAACACCUUCACCGGUGGACUUGCAGGCGCCAUUGGCUACUUCAACUACGGCAUCAACUCUAAGGAGAAUGUCAUCUGCUACAACAUCACCCUGGUCAACUUCCAGGGCGAGUACCAGUCUCCCGCUCGCACGGCCACCCACAUUCACCAGGCAGAGAAGGGCAAGGCAGGCCCCCCUCGCAUCGCCUUCCCUAACCCGGUCGCCGUUGAGGGAUACCAGAACGUCCGCCGCAGUGUCGGCUGCUUGACCGGCCCCUUCGUCACCGGCGUCAACGCUACCGGCGUCGACACUGGCUCAGGCUUCAAGGUCAGCCAGAUUGAGGAGAACCCCGAGGGAUUCUUCACCGAUGUCCACUCCAGCCUUGCUGUCCCUGGUGCUGUCCGCGGCCAGCUC